CUCACACAGUUCACGUGAGGCAGGAGUUAAACUUGUUUUGAAUUAAAUCCAGUUCACAGCUAAUUUCACAUCAAACUGUCGUGAGAUUCUUUCUAAUAAAAUGUUUUGUGAUGUGUGAACGACGUCUUGGUUUCCGCAGUGACAGAGCUUCUUGUUAUAUUUCAGCACUUUUUUGUGAACGCUGCACAAGAGUGAAACGACGAUGUCAGCACAAAGAAACCGCUGUUUUCCAGGUGAGUGCAGUUGUGACUGUAACUUCUGCAGCGAGACGGUUUCCAGGCAAAACACACAGAGAUGUGACGUCAGCACCGCACUGAAAAAUCUACGGUAAGUUAUUUUCCACAGUUUGCAGUUUAUCACUGGGCGUCAAAGAAACUCGUACGAGACAAAAACACAAAAAUAACUCUUUUAUUUCUAAAAUGAAUCAACUGAAUUACGUGACUAAGAUAAAUACUUAUCCGUCAUGUCAGAUUAAAACGUGAAAUUGACUUUUACUGCAUCAGCAAGUUUUAAAGUAGACUUUUAAAUGCAUUGUCAUUGCAACGCCUUUUCAGUGUAAAGUUCAGAACUGAUAUAAUCCACAUUUCUUUUGCUCUGGUUGUAAAUAAAGAAGUCGAUGUACAAAAAUAUCUAUACGAUGGUAAAUGGAGUGUUUAGUUAUAAUAUGGUGCAGAAAACUAACUUUACUCCUCUGAUCUGACUGCAGCUUGUAAAGCAGAGUGUGCAGGCUCAGUCUGCUACUCACAAACAUAUUGUUAUUAUUUUUACUAUUAUUUAGAAUAAAUGACCAAACCUCUGCGUUUUUAUUACAAUUCAUGUUUAUGUUUUCCUGUCAGGACCCUCUAGUGGAGGACAUCCGUUAGGACGCUUAUAGACAAACGACUAAUAUCUUACAAUAAAUUUGAUCUAUCUCCUUUGUAUCCAACCAUUUCAAACAUACUGUUUGUUUUGUUCUCUAGUUCUUUGGAGUGUUGUGUUUUUGUAUUUCUCAAACUGCUUCAGCAAACAGCCUCUGUGAAAGUUUAAAAUAUUAUUAUGUGAAGCAAAAAUGUAUUUCCUUCCUUUAUCAAGAGCUUGUUCUGUCAGAAAUGUAAUUUCUACCUAAUAUCUUCAGAAUAAAGUUUCUAUUGUGGGUCAGUCGUGGCUGCAGCUUAAUUCAGAACACACAGGACAAAAAAACACUUGAAAACACAUAAUUUAUCUUCAUAUUAAAUUAAAGACUUUAAUGUUCACAAUAACUUUAAUUUAAAUCUGUGGUUUGAGUUUCACAGCAAAUAUUUUCCACUGGAGUUAAAUGGUUUAAUAGAUUCUUGAAGCACAUUAACCUAAAAGACUUUAAAUCACAAAUCUCAUAAAACAGAAAAUCUUUCCACUGAGCGCAGCAGCAACAUCUGGAAAAGAAGAAGAACACGAAGUUUGGAUAAAUUCUGGAUUCAAUUAGAACAAAGAAAAUCUGGUGUGAAUGCUUGUUUUCCAUAAGAGAAGUUAUUUCUUUUAACACUUUAUUAAUUUCAUUCUUUGAAGAAAAAGACAAAUCAUCUGUUUCUGAGUUAAAACCAGUCGAAUAAAGAAAUUCAGAUUUCUGCGUCUCAUCUUUCCUGAACAACCACAGCCUGCGAUCAGCAAAACACCGUCAUGAUCAUUUCCUGUUCUGGCAAAGGCGACAGUUUCCAUCGAGCUGAACUAUAAAGAAUGUUCCUGACUCUGAUGGGAUGGACCCUGGUGACCCUCAGCCUCUGUCGGCCCGUUUGGACCGCGGCGAAGGUGACCCAGCCGUACAGAGUGACGAGCAUCAGCGGCACAGCUCAGGUCCAGUGCUUCAUCCAGCCCCAGCCCUUCUACCUGCAGCAGACCCAACCCUCCGACUACUCUGACCCUGAGGAGGUCCGUGUGACCCUGCUCAGAGGCCUCCACGGCUCCCAGGGCCUCUGCUCCACCACGCUCAACUUCCCCGAGCCCAGAGAGACAAGUGUGGAGGAGGUGGGGGAGGUGGGGGAGGUGCAGUGUUCUGCUGAGGUGACAGGGGGCGCCGUGCAGGUGACCGUGUCAGGACUGAAAGCCGCAGACACAGAUUUGUAUCGCUGUCAGAUCCAGGUCCUCUACCCUCCUCCAUACCGGCGGCUCAUUGGGAACGGGACCCUCAUCCAUGUCCCAGACAACUGUGACGCUCCCGUGCAGGAGAUGGUCCAGCAGAGCGAUGAAGAGGAGGGUGAGGAGGGUGAGGAGGAGAAGGAACCAGUCAGCGCCCCUGUGGUGGUCCUGGUGAUUCUGGUCAUGUUCGUCCUCAUCAUCAUCAUCUACCUACAGACUCUCCAGUGUGAACGAGGGAAGAAGGAGCUUGUUGUUCCUGCGCCGGCUGCUGGAAGCUGCUGAGGAGCCACAGCAGCAGCAGCUUUAGAGUUAAUGGAUUCAUGGUUAACGGAUGGAGGGAGCACCUCUGUUCUCAAUGAGGUUCCACAUGUGGACGUCGGUGCAGGAGUUAUUUCUUUAGCACCACUGUAAUGUUUACAUUGUUGUAAACUCGAACUAUAUUAAAGCGCCGCAGCUUUUUUUAUGUUUAAAAACAAAAUCACUCGAUUUAUUAUUUGGUAAAUGCUUCAGAUCAUUAAGGUGCAUUAUGGCCAUAAAGGUUAUUUGCCUGCAGUCUAUUCGUAACUACCUCAUGUCUGUGUAUUUUGCAAUUUUCAGCAAAUAUUCAUGUUGUGUAUUUACUUCAAGUAAAAUGUUUCAACUUUCA